GUUCAUAUCCAGGAAAGCAUAUGAAAACUGCAUAGUUCUGGAUGCUCGCAUUUGUUACGACGUUGCCAAGCUUAUGUCCCUGGAGUCUGAAAGGAAAAAGGCAGAACGCAGCAAAAAGUUCUAUACAGACCUGAUGGCCAAGGAACACAUGCCCACUAUGAUUAACCCCAAACCCUGCGGCCACCUCUGCUGCUGCAUCAUCGCGGGCUGCGAGCAGGAAGAGGCUGUGAACUACUACACUAAGCUUGAGGCCAAACUGAAGGAAGAAUACAGAAAAGAACGAGAAAAAGUCAACACUAAACCUCUGGGAAUGGCGUUUGUUACCUUCCAGAAUGAAGCAAUGACAGCCCUCAUCCUGAAAGAUUUUAACGCGUGUCAGUGUCAUGGCUGUCACUGUCGACGAGAGCCAAAGUGCUCCCCCUUCAGCAGCCUCCUCAACACAAACAACUGGACAGUCACAUACGCUCCAGAUCCACAGAAUGUUUACUGGGAGCAUUUGUCCACUGGUGGCCUCAACUGGUGGCUCCGCUGCUUUGUCAUCAACUGCUUUCUCUUCAUCUUGCUCUUCUUCCUCACCACCCCUGCCAUCAUCAUCUCUACCAUGGACAAGUUCAACGUCACCAAACCCGUGGAGUACCUGAAUAACCCCAUCAUCACUCAGUUCUUCCCCACCCUGCUGUUGUGGUGCUUCUCGGCUCUUCUCCCCACCAUCGUCUACUACUCCGCCUUCUUUGAGGCCCACUGGACACG